AUGGAUAAAGACAUGCUAGUCAACAUUUUCAAGAAGCUAGACGUGGUGGAUGUUAUCAUGGGAGCAUCACGAGUGUGCAUUACUUGGUUCCUUGCCUCUCACAACAAAACUAUAUGGAACACCAUCAAAUUCAACGAUACUGAUUCGAUUGUUGUAGAUAACACCAAGCAACCAACUCGAGUUGGCCUACUGGAUAAUAACAAUGGAGAGAAACAUCGAUACCAACUUAGGGAGAUAUUGAUUGAAAUCAACAAAUUCAGCCGUGCUGCCCCGGUUGAAUUUUUCUUCAAUGUUAAUAGCAAUGUGCUAGAAGAGGAUCUGGCGAUCAUUUCCAACGGGUUGCCAAAUAUCAGAAAACUUGCGUUACCAAUACAGGAAACUCAAAAUCUGAAUUCACUGGCAUCAUCUUUUAGUAAAUGGAAGAAUCUCAAAACCUUGAUUAUUGCCAAAUUUGCAAAUAAUGACGACUUGAACCAUGAGUUUAAAACUAUUGCAGAGAACUGUAGAAACCUUACCACCAUAAAACUAGCUUAUAGAUUGGACCAUAAAUUAGCCAAUAUAAUUCUUGGUAAGCUUCCGAACCUCGAGAGACUGAGCUUGCGCUGCACUUCUGUUAGUAUAAAAGCAGUUAAGUUGCUCAUCAUCGGCCUUCAGAACCUCAAAAGUCUUAACCUCUCACAUUGCUUAUUCACAAAACCGUAUUUUAGCAUCGACGUAAAGAGUGCAAUAAUAGGAAUGUCACGUACGGAUGAACUUGUACAACUCGGCACUCAGAAGCUUGAAAACUUUAAGGUGUGUUUUUGGGACUGCACAAUUUGUCUAGAUGUGUGGAAAGGUUCGUCAGAUCCUCGGUAUUAUAGCAACUAUGAGUAUAAGCAGUGGGAAACUGAUGAGAUAGAGGAGUUUGAGUUUUAA